GACAGAGGCAAAGGCUCGAGGAGGUGAGACGAAAAGAGACUGCGACUGAGGGCAGCCUUUUGGCGGAACACCUACUUCAGAAGUGGUCAUGGGGCGAAAUGAGUGCCCAAGACAUACAAGCUAUCGCAGAUCUGGCUGUUCAAGAUUCCGAGCAGAAGCGAGAUCUUACAAAGCUGAAGGAGCUCGGGGCGGCAGGAUUGCAUGGUAAGUAUGCCAACAAGGUUUACCAAGCAGUUUACAAGACGGGUGCCCAAGGCAUUCGUCUUCCAACACCUUUUUUGGUCAAGGUUCCUUUCAAGAAUCCAUGGGGCAUGAUGCUGCAGGCUGUGAUGCUUCCCCAUGUCCUCUUUUCGUCCAUCUAUGCCUCCUACAGGGCCACAUGGGAGAAGUCCAUCUGUCCGAAUUUGGAUGCUCUGGAGCGAUUUUGGAAUGUUAUGGUGGAGAGCAAGAACCCGAACAUUACACCCGCCAUGACCCGAAAAAAGAAUUGGAAGCGGCGGCUGAUACCACUGGCCUUACACGGGGACGGUGUUCCCAUUACGGGGCUGGGCAAAUCCUGGGUGCAGACUGUCACCAACUUUGCUUGGUAUAGCUUACUGACGAUGAGCACUUCCACAGCUGACUCCUUGUUCUUUGUGUAUGCCAUGGUGGAUAAAAUGAGAGUGGAUGCCAAAGAUCUGACUGGGCACUCUUCGAUGGUGUUUGGCCGUCAGCUGACCACUUGGGUCGAAAGCAUCUUGGCGGAAUUUCUGGUAACUUGUGCAGACCCGUAUGAUGCAAGCUCCAUCGAAGGCCAGAAAGCUGGCAAACCGCUCGCUGCGGGCUACUGUGCAGUCCUUUUUUCACUGGUGGGAGACCUCGACUAUUAUGCUACAAUACUGGAUGUGGCGAGGUCGACUUCAGUCACUGCCCCGUGCAGUCGCUGCCGAGCGACGAAGUAUGGCGACAUGUCCUGGCAGGAUUUUAGGCCAGCUGCCAACUGGAUGAGCAGUGCUUACUCCCCGGCGGGCUGGAAAGCUUUGCCGGCUGCGGACAAGUCCACAUGCCCGCUUUUUCAUAUGCCGUGGACAUCAAUCUGCAACCUGGGGUAUGACUACAUGCAUUGCAAAUAUUUGGGUGUUGACAGGAUAUCAAUGUUCUUCAGGGCCCAAAAGAAGAGUUUGAGCCUACGAGGCAAAGCGGCGGAAAACCGAUCGCUGGCGAGGCCGCUGCUUGCCAUAUGGGCCGCCCGAAUGACAGCAGGCAUCGCGGUCCACAGAAAGCUCCAUUUGCUAUUGAAGUUAAAUUGGAGGCUGGAGGAGCUUUUGGAGGUGAACAAGUUUGAGUUCGCUUUUGCCGAAGCAGAUGCCAAUGCAUUCAGGGAUGCAAUGACUGGGUUCUUGCUUCUUCAGAAGGAGCUUUCCCAACACUUCAGCGACCAUGAUCCGAAGCUGUUCAAUUACACGGAGAAGUCGCACUUUCUGCAACAUCUUGGCCUGGAG